AUGCCAAAAACUCUUAUACAUCACUCUAAAACCCGUGCUAAUAGUCAAAAGGUCAUCAAAGCUUGUCAAUCCUUGAACUCCCGCGGCUAUGUGAAGACACAGUUCUCCUGGCAAUGGUACUAUUAUACUUUGACACCAGAGGGUCUUGACUAUCUCCGAGAAUGGCUUCACCUUCCAGCAGAAAUUGUACCUGCAACUCAUAUCAAGCAGCAGCGCUCACACGCUCCUCCGAAAGGCAUGAUGGGUGGUGACGAUCGCGGACCUCGUGGACGCGGUGGGCCUCGAGGAGAAAGGGGCGAUGAUGGGGGCUACAGGAGACGAGAUGCAGGUGAUGGCAAAGAGGGCGACGCUCCUGGCGGGUUUGCGCCAUCAUUCGGCGGAGAGCGAAGAACCUUCGGACGUGGACGUGGUAGUGGACCUCCGGGACAGGCGGGCAUGUGA